AUUCGUUCGUUUGGACGGUAGUGCGAACAUGCCACGCGGCAAUACUGUAAUGCCGCGCAACGAACCAAUUUCUGUCAGUCUUUUGCGCGAACACAAAGGGAUUCCUUGCCGCAGUGUGGACGGUUUUCUUCGGGUUUGCCGCGUUCGAGCCCAAAUACCGAAAACAAUAAACCGCUUUAUCCGCGCACGUUCUUUUAUUUCGGGAAAAGCGCAUCGGGUGUUUCGCGGCAUUGCGAAGUGUCAGUUAUUAGUUGGUGUGUAUUGAAAGUGUUGUGUUGAUAAUUGAUACGGAGUGGACUGAAGAAAAAAUGAUCAAAUUAAUUGAACAAUAUAGGAAAUUCGAAAAUCUGUGGAACCCUACUGACAUAAAUUAUUUUAAAAGAAAUGAAAAAGUUGAUGCGUGGGAGAAAAUAGGCAUCAAAAUUAACAGAUCGUCAGACGAUUGCAGGAAGAAAAUAGUUAGCCUGCUCUCCUCUUACCGAAGAGAAAAGUCGCGGACAAAGAUGUCCAUGAGAACAGGAAAACGGGCAGCCAAGAUUUAUCGUAGCCGCUGGUUUGCGUAUGAUUCAUUAAAAUUUUUAGAAGACCGAGAUACACUGCGGGAAAAACUAGACACGGGGUCCCUAUCGACUGCGUUGACUGAUGGAAUUGCUGGGAAUAAAGAGGAUAUAGAUAAUGUGGGAGAUAAUUCCCAGGUGACGCCAAGUACGUCAGCUGGAGAAAUGGAAAGGACGACAUUUGUCAAUCCGCGACCACCAAAGCGAAGAAGAGAAAGAGCUGACAAGGGUACAGAACUAUUAAAAAGUGCUGUCAAUAUCUUGAAAAGUACAGCUGGAAGAUUACAUGCGACGCCGACGGUAGCGGAUGCUGAAGUACAAUCAUUUUGUGCAUUCUUGUCGUCGAAAAUGAUGGGCUAUCCGCGCAAUACACGGCAACGAGUACAGCAUGAAAUCUAUGGUCUUCUCAUGAAAGCAGAUCUUGGACACUUUGAAACACAACCAACUCUUACUUCUCUUUCACCUAUGGUUUCUCAUACCUCACAGUCUUUUCCACAAUUUUCUUCCUCAGCACCACAAGCUACUUCUUCAAUGCAUAAUGAUUCCCAUUUAACUCCGCUCCAUUGUUCUUCUCCAUCCUUUGAAACCCACAAUUCUCCUACUCCUCCUGUUGUUAAAAAUCGUAAUGUCACAGCUAAUCUGUAA